CUCCGGCCUCGAAAACAUCGCCCUUGAUGUCUUCAGCAAGCGCUCCCAGGAGCCGGAGCAGACGGUGCAUGAGUUGGUCAUGCGUGAAGGUAUACGUUGACCAACCUUCACGAUCAAUCGAUGGAACAAGCAAGAUGCUGACUCUUGGCGUUACGACCAGCCUUGCGUCGAAGCUUGACUCUGAGCCUGAGCUCCUGGGCUACGUGCCCCGCGGCCAUCACCUAGCCGGGCGCGACGACGAGCACUUGCACGCAGAGGCGCCCGUCUUCCGAUUCCUUCACCUGCGGCACGGCCUUAUGGACGUCGCGACCCGGUGCCACGUUAACGGAACACAGUUCACCCUCUCCUACGCCGGCAAGACCACCAGUGGCAAUACAAAGCGCCAGAGCUUCCAGCACGAGCGCCUGUCGAACGAGGUGUUCAUGGCGCGCUUCGACGAGUCGGCCGCGAUGGCGGACCCAUCAAAUCCCACGUUCGACGCCUCGGGCGGGUAUCAACAGUUGGAGGACACCAUCAGCUGCUUCAUCAGCCAGAACGGAAACACGUGGCCCGCCAGUAGCGUUGUCGAUAUGCAGAUGUACGACACCUCGUCCCAGAGCACGUUCGGCUGGGCCACAAUGGGUAUUGUCGAUCAGGACACGGGUAGCACCGAGGGUGGCGUCGAGGCUAUCACGCCAGCCGGUAUGCCACUACCUAUACCGACGUGCUGAACGACUACCGGUACUAAUGGCUUAAGAGAUAUGCUGGUUGCUAGGUUAGGUAGAGAAUGGCCGUGGACAAAUGAGGGUACGAUAGUUCAUAGAUUUUCUGUCAAGACAAACGGUUGUUUCCGAGUUUGGUGUUGGGCUACACUCUUUUAAUCACUUGUUCAAUGGUCAAAAAAAUUGGUUGGCAAGAACAUACCUCGUAAAACAGUUAUUUGAGAUUCUUCAUCAUCAACUUUUAUAAAGAUCGUCAUUGGAUUAAAGAAGCC